AUGAGUUGGAUGUUCCUCAGAGACCUCCUAAGUGGCGUGAAUAAAUAUUCAACUGGGAUUGGGCGGAUUUGGCUGGCUGUUGUGCUCAUCUUCCGUUUGCUGGUCUACAUGGUGGCAGCAGAAUAUGUAUGGAAAGAUGAGAAGGAAGAGUUUGAAUGCAACAUUAGGCACCCCGGUUGUGAAAAUAUGUGUUUUGACUACUACUUCCCCAUUUCCCAGGUCAGACUUUGGGCCUUACAGCUGAUCAUGGUCUCCAUGCCUUCGCUUCUGGUUGCUCUACAGGUAGCCUUUCGUGAGGGCAGAGCAAAAAGGCACAGAAAGAAACUAGAUGUUAGCCUGGGAACAAUGGGCCUGUGGUACACCUACCUUACCAGCCUCAUUGUUAAAAUUGGUUUUGAAAUUGGCUUCCUGGUUUUAUUUUACAAGCUGUAUGACGGCUUCAGUGUGCCUCACCUUGUGAAGUGUGAGCUGAAGCCUUGUCCCAACACUACAGACUGCUUCACGUCCAAACCCACCGAGAAAACCAUCUUCAUCCUCUUCAUGGUGAUUAUCUCCUGCCUGUCCAUUGUGUUGAAUUUCAUUGAAGUGAGCUUUUUGGUUCUCAAGUGCCUUAUGGAGUGCUCUCUCCAAAAAUACAAGACUCAAGUCGUCAGUGUGUGAGCGCCC